UGGCGGGUGCGGUGUCCGGCGGCGCCCGGGGCCGGCGGCGGCAGAGCCGCGGCGACUAAUGCGGGCCGGGCUGGCGCUCAUCGUGCUCGGCCACGGCAACCUGGUCCUGGGCGCCAUCGUGCACGGCUCCGUCCUGCGGCACGUGGCCGGUGCCGGCCGGGCCAUCACCCCCGAGUACGCGGCGGCCAACGUGGUGUCCGUGGUCUCGGGGCUGCUGGUGAGAGCGGCGGGGCCAGAGGAGCCAGGCUGGGCGGAGCAGAGGGGCCGGGCCUGCCCCGUGGUGAACGCUGGUCUCUUCCCGCAGAGCAUCGCCGCGGGAAUCGUCGCAAUCCUGGUGUCGAACAACUUGUCCCGGGCAGCACUGCACUGGACCCUACUGAGUGUGUCCCUCCUGAACAGCCUGCUGUCUGCAGCAUGCAGUGUGGGCCUGGCGCUGGCCAUUGCUCUCACCAUUCACAGCCGGGGAACGCGUCUUGUCAUAGGCUGCAACAGCGCUGCACUGCCUGCGGAUGCUCGUGCAGCCAUAGUGACCAAUGAUUGCCCCUUCAAUACCACACGGAUCUAUGAUACAGCCCUGGCACUCUGGUUCCCCUCCAUGGUGCUGGCAGCCGCAGAGGCUGCACUGUCCGGCAGGUGCUGUUUGGUGGCCUUGAUCCUCCAGGGCAUCGGGCCCUGUGCACACACCUCCAUCAGAGCACAGCCAGGUGCAAUGAAGGAGGAGCCUCCACGUGAGAAGCGGCAGCUGCUGGUGGGGCUUGCUGAUUCUUGUGUCUAGCUGGAGAGGUGCUGUUGGAGGAGCACUGGGCCCCAGGAGGGUGAAACUGUGCCAUGCUCCUGCCCCAGGAGUAGGCACACGCAGGGUGGACUGCAGGAGAAAGGCACGUACACCCCUCUCCCCACCCAGGACAAGCCUCAGGCACAAGCUGCCCAGGGCCACCAGGCAGCCCUAGACCAGUGGAGCCCCUGUUUCUCAGCCACAGCCAUAAGGACGUUCCUAGGGCACAAAAGACUCUGGUGGUCUUGUUCCUGCAAAGGCUUGGCAGAAAGGUGGGCAGAAGUGCCCAGGGCCUGGCAGUAGCCAGGGCUGACCUGGAUCUUAGUGGCCCAGCUGCAGAGCAACUGAAGUGUCUGCUGCUUCCUUGGGUAAAUAAAGUUUUCUUUCCCACA